AUGGUAUGUACAGAUUUGAAGGACUCUGAUUUAAUCAGGUCAAUGAUCCAGUCCCUUUGACCAAAGAUUAAUUAAUUACUUUCCGAAAUAAACAAUUCUUACAACAGAAAAGUUUAUGAUAUAUUUUAAACGAAAAAAUAUAUAUAUAUAUCUUAUAUCUUCCCUAUAUAUCAGUUUCACUUUCACCUAAAGGUCCCAAUAACGUUUGGAUUAGUAUUUUUCAAAAGCUGCAGAAGGAUGAGGAACCUCCAAUUUUUUGUUGUUCUUUUCAUGGCUAUCUUCAUUGUUUCAGGUGCGAAAGAGAUGCGAAUGAAUCAGGAGAAAAAAACUUGUCCCGUGUACUGGCCAAUGGUUCCAUGCGAUGCUAAAAAAUGCGAGAAGAUGUGUCUUGACUUUUACGGUCUACAGGUGUCCUCCUCUUACUGUGAUAAACCCGGAGACCCAAACGCUCAAUGUGUAUGUGUUUUUACAGACUGUUGAUAAUGCUUAAGAUAGGUUUAUCCAUUAACAGGCAUUAUCGUGUGUUUAUGUAACCCAAAAAUAAGUUAUACAACAACCGUUAAUUACUU